GAGCAGCCUUUUCACACUCAACCAAGCCGAGUAACAGUCUUGCACCUGGACUUCCAUUCACUGCUCCCACCAUGACUUCAGCCUAUUACCAGAGUUCCUCUUCUUCUUAUGGUGGUGGCUUGGGUGUUGGGGGUGGCGGCUCCAGCCGCAUGUCCUCUGCCCGCAUGGGGUCAUCCAGCAUCCAUGGCGGAGGUGGUGGCCGCAUCUCUGCCUCUUCUGCUAGGUUAGUAUCUUCUGGAGGAGGACUCGGAGGUUACGGAUGUGGGAUGGGAAGUGGCUUAGGAGGAGGCUACGGCACAGCAUUGGUUUCUGGUGGAGGUGGCGGCUUUGGUAGUUGCUUCGGUGGUGGCGUUGGAGGAGGCUUCGGUGGUGGUGCUGGAGGAGGCUUUGGAAGUUAUUUCGACUUUGCGGCUGGGGGCGGUGAUGGAGGCCUUCUCAGUGGAAAUGAGAAGACUACCAUGCAAAAUCUCAAUGACCGUCUGGCGAACUACCUGGAUAAGGUGCGAGCCUUGGAGGAGGCAAAUUCUGACCUGGAGAUCAAGAUCCGGGACUGGCACCAGAAGCAGGCUCCUACCUCCCCUGCCAGGGACUACAGCCAUUAUUUUAAAAUCAUUGAGGACCUCCGUGACAAGAUUCUUGGCACGACCAUUGACAAUUCGAGGGUCAUAUUGGAGAUUGACAAUGCGAGACUAGCUGCUGAUGACUUCAGGCUGAAAUAUGAGAAUGAGCUACAUCUCCGCCAGGGCGUCGAGGCCGACAUCAACGGUCUGCGCAGAGUCUUGGAUGAACUCACCCUGUCCAGAUCUGACCUGGAGAUGCAGAUUGAAUCUCUGAAUGAGGAUCUGACCUACCUCAACAAGAACCACGAGGAGUUAAUGAAAGAGUUCAGUACGCAGCUGACCGGACAGGUCAAUGUCGAGAUGGAUGCCGCGCCUGGAGUUGACCUCACCAAAGUUUUGACUGACAUGAGAGAACAAUACGAACAACUGGCUGACAAGAAUCGCAGAGAUGCUGAAGCCCAGUUCCUUAUCCAGACUGAAGAAUUGAACCGUGAAGUUGCCACCCACACCCAACAGAUACAGACCAGCAAGAGCGAGAUUUCAGAACUGAGGCGCACAGUACAGAGUUUGGAGAUUGAAUUGCAGUCACAGCUUAGCAUGAAAGCUGGCUUGGAAUCCAACUUGGCAGAGACAGAAGGACGUUAUUGUGCUCAGCUGGCUCAAAUCCAGAACUUGAUCUCUGGCGUGGAAGAGCAGUUGGCCGAGCUGAGGGCCGACAUGGAGCGCCAGAACCAUGAAUACAAGAUGCUCAUGGACAUCAAGACACGCUUGGAACAGGAAAUCGCCACCUACCGCAACCUGUUGGAGGGUCAGGACUCAAAGCUGUCAGGAUGGUCUUCAAAAGACGGAUCCUACGGUGGGGGUAGCACCACCAUCUCCUUUGGUGGUGGCAGCAGCGGCGGUGGCGGUGGCAGCAGUAUCACAACCAGCUCCAGCACCAAAGUCCGUUCCGGCCAGUACUGAAUCUCCUGAGGACCGAUGCUCUGGUUCUGAAAACUGCACGCAUAUGCGGGAAGGAUCCUCCUGUGCUUGUCGCCUUAUGAGAAAGCACUGAGCAUUUUCGGCAUGCUCACAAAUGGCUAAGAGAAACCUCCCUCCACUUGCACGUGUGUGCCUCGGCUUGGCCACCUCCUUAAUGGCAUCCUCUUAGAAGCUUUGCCUCGCUCUUCACAGCAGAUGCAACUUUCUGUAACGCUUUCGAUAAUAAACGUUCCCUUUGGGCUUUUUUUGCAAAUAAA